AUGACUUCAUGUCCCUUAAAUUGCCGUGGUUUUAAGAUCACUUCCGACCAACUGAAAGUUGAUGAAUUCUUCUAUACUACUCCUGCUGUAGAUUGGGGAUUUGAAAACUAUCUUCUUUGGUACGCUGAGAAGAACGAGAAAGCCAAAAGCAAUAACAUUAUUCAAGAUUACAAAGAUUCUCUAGACAAAAUAAAAAACUGCCGUUCAUUAAAUGAUGAUAUUAUCAGUUAUGCUGGUAGAUUAAGCAGCAACUUGCAUAAUACAAAAAAAAGAAAACGGAAUCAUAAUGUUACCAUUGACACUGUUAACGGUGUUGCCGUCAAUAAUGGAACCGUAGUUAUUAACAAUAACUAUGAAAGUCGUGAUAAAGUUGAUCACACAGAUGAAUCAACAUCUUGGGAUAUAAAAAAUCCAGAAGACUUAUUUGACGCCUGGCGUCAAUAUUUAAAUGAAGCAAGCAAUAAACAUGAGUACUGUACUGAAAAGUAUCAUGUCAUUGAGUGCGGUUACUCUAUCAAAUGUAACCCGGAAAUCCCUGAUGAACUUUACAGUCAAAGUGGUUUACCAGAAGAAUGUGUUAUAGAAAGUCCGUUCAUUUCUUCCAUCAAGUACUCAGACAAAGUGCUGAACUAUAUGAAGACUAAAAGCUGGAAAGAAGUUGAGGCUGCUGUUAUUGGCUCCUAUGAUGAAAAGCUCAAAAUUGAUCAAGAACAAAUAGAUUAUGUUGAAGAGUACUUCCGUUUUUGCCUGUUAUUGUUCAAGAAAAAUAACCUUUAUAGACGCCUCAGUGCUAGUGAAUCAAACUUUAGCCGACUCUUAGUAUGGCCCGCAGUCGAAGUUGCAAUUGAUUCAACUGAAGAAAUGGUACUUUUACCCGGGGAGUAUAUGUUAAAGUCUUUUCAAGAGAAAUACAAGGCGGAUGGUUGCAUCAUUGACAAUGAAGAUAAUGAAGUAUUCAUCCUUGAAAUCUCCGGAAAGCUAAUGCUAAAUGAAAAGUGGAAGUAUGGGUACGACCACGUAAAAUGUACGUUCGGUGCAUUGACGAUCUUCAACUCUGCUUAUAAGAAAUACUUUUUUGCUACGGAGGAAACUGCAACGAAACUCCAAAUUCCUUAUUUGCAUGCAAUGGAGGAUUCGUUACAUUUGUGGGUAUUGGAGCUUUACUCCAAUAAGUUAUAUAUCUCCAACAAAGCAUUUAAAUGUAAAAUUCCUGAAUCAAUGAAAGAUACCAAGAAUAUUCUUGCCAUGGGCAAUUUACUUUGGUGCUUGAAGAUGAAGUUGGAAGGUGCCAACAUUGUUUUGAAGGCAAUGAAAGAAGAGCACGAUAGCUAUCAAGUUAGCAGAAUGCUUCGCGGUGAUGACUCUCGCCGUUCGUUAGUUGAGAUGGUAAAUGUCGAUAUCCAAAAGCCUGUAAAGGGCGAAGGAUAUGGUGUUGUUUUACCAGAUGAAAAAGACGAAAAUGAGUACUCUAUUUUUGACAUAAAUGUUGAUUCAGCCAGAAAUAUUGCUUCGGAACUCGAGGAAAACAGAUGCUUCGUCGCUGGGUCUGUCAAUGUCACUGUGGAGGCCGAUGUAGACCAUGCCAUUGCUAAAACACUAGAGCACUUUUCUUCAAAAAAGCUAGAGGGUGUUAUUAUAAGCAGUGGUAUUGUCACGCCUCCAGCGACAAUAACUGGUUAUGGUCCAGAUCAAGUUUUGACAAGCUAUGCGCAGUUUGAACAUGUCAUUAGAGUCAAUUUACUGGGCGCGUACUGUGUUGCACAAAAGGUUUCCGAGAUAUUGCUGAAAAAUAAUUCAUUUAAUAAAGAUGCUGGUCUUACGGGAUUGACUCUUCCAUUAGCUAAGGAGCUCUCAUCCUUCGGUAUACACGUCAUGAGUAUAGCGCGUGGCGUAUUUAAUACGCCCAUUGUGGACCGCUCGAAUAAGAAUGCGCCUAUAGCUCUAUUUCCUCGACGCCUUGGAGAGCCAACCGAGUUUGCAGGCUUAGUUUUACGCGUGAUAGAUACACCGAUGUUGAAUGGUUCUGUGGUCAGACUAGAUGGUGCAUUGCAUGUUUAA